GUCGCCUCAAAAUGACCUGUCAGAGAUAUCGUCCCACUAAAUUCACUUGGGUAUCACCCCAACUAGUAGAACGAAUGCAUACACUUCUCUAUAAUCGUUCGAGCUCCAUGUCGCACGUCAUCGUCAUCGUCCAUUGAUAAGCAUCUAUCUCAGUGGAUAGAGAAAGAUCAUAGUUAAUGACACAAAGUGUAUAUGUGUGUGUGCGCAUUAAAAUUAAAAUUAAUUGAUAUAUUGAUUGAUUAAGAAUAAAAAUCGACAUGUGGUGCGAGUUGCGUUCGAUUCAAUCAAAAAUGCGAACAACAUUCCUCUUGAUGGUGUGCUGUUUCCUGUGUGGCCUAUGUGCGGGCGACGAGUCGAAAAAACUAAACGAUACCUCAUCUUCGAUAGACAAAAGUAAGGCAGCUCAGAUUGCAGCGGGUGAGCAACGUCUCGGGGAUCAGAUUCGUGCGAUUCUCAAGCAUUAUCAGCAAGACGAUCCGAUUGGGCUUCCGGGCGCACCGAUACCGGAUCCGAUGCCGGUGCCGGAUAUGAAGCAUUCCUUUUCUAUGUACACGAUGAAUUUUAAGCAAGUCAACGUUUACGGACUAUCCAAAUUUCGUAUCGAACACGUAGAAUCGGAGCUGGCUCGUAUGCAGGUAUCCGUCGCAGUGAGGAUCGAUAGUCUUGACAUUCGCGGAUUAUACACAUUGGCAUCAUGGCUUUCAAGAUCAGCCGGCAAUUUUACAGUCAAGCUCACCGGCGUAAAUGUCGAGGGCAUUGCAAGGCUAGAAGUGGCCACUGACGGUAAAUUACAGGCUCAGAACAUCGACAUGGAUCUGACUUUUAACAAGAUCGACCUGGACUUUAAAAAUCUAGGGUUCCUCGGUUCGGUCUUCCAAGGUGUCAUCAAUUCUGUCGGCUCUUUCAUCUUUGACAGCAUCAAGCCAUUUAUAUUGAAAGAAGUUAACACAAACGUGAGGGGCGAAGUGAAUAAGCAGAUAUCACAAUUACCGCAGUAUUUCCCUAAUUCGAUUUCACCCUUUGACAUGGCGGUGGCAGAAGCUCGUAAGCAGGUUUCUCAAAUGGGCUACGACCCAUACAAAUUGAAGGAUUACACCCAGAGCGUCGGUGUAUUCACUGUGACCUCCUCACACACCUGGAUCACCGGUUUGGCCAGUUUCUAUCGCAUGGGCAACAUAACGAUCACUUUGGAGAAAGGAAUUGUGUACGCACUUCUGGAUGUCGGUACUCAGGAGUUAAAGGGCAAUACGCACUGGGAGGUCAGCGUGAUUGGCGGUUUCCUAUCUCGCGCUGGCACUGUAUCCUUCACCGUACAAUACUUCCGAGUACAGAUUAAACUGAGUCAGUCACUAGACACGCGAAAGCGCGCCACCCUGGAAGAGCUAGAACUCGAGCUAGGCAACAUCCAGGCGAGGGUCCACGGAGCCGGCACGCUUGAUUAUCUGAUGGAGGCAGGCAUUAAUAUAGUGCCGAACCUAUUAAGAUAUCAAAUUAUGGACGCGAUCGAAGGACCGUUGAGGAGACGCAUACAAGAAGAAUUGAACAAGGUAGAUGUGGAAAAAUUGAUUGACGAGAAAAUUCCAGUGAUAGAGGAACAAGCCAGAUGGAUGCAGGGUUUGGUACUCGCGGAGGAAACGAUCUUAGAAGAAUCAACACCGCCAUCAAAUCAAGACGAUCAAAUGCCAUUCUCUGAUAGCGAAGAAGAUCGAGGACCGUCGUAAGAAUCACGGAUAAAUAGUAAUACAUAUUAUAAUUAUGACAAGCUAAAUAAUAAUUGUAAGUAUAAUAAUAAUUAUAUAUAAUAAAUGUUUAGAGAGAGGUCAUUCAAAAUGACAGAAUAAAUUAAAGAGAAAUCUUUAUUGCAAAAAUAUCAUUAGCGCGUGAGGUAUUAUAAUAUAUUACAGUUAUUAUAAUUAUAAAGUAAAAGACAAAUAAAAUUACGAAAGAAAACGUGAA